CGAAACAGCGGUUUAAAGUGCGCAAAUUGUCAGACGAACUUGACAACACUCUGGCGACGAAAUAAGAACGGAGAGCCCGUCUGUAACGCUUGUGGCCUCUACUACAAGCUUCACAACAUUUCUCGACCAAUCACAAUGAAGAAAGAUGGCAUCCAGUCGCGAAACCGGAAGUCGAAAUCAACCGAGCGGAAGUUGAAACGC